GAUCAAGUUUAGGGAACCGAAGUCAUCACAGCUGCUUUCUUGCAUGCAUCCACUCAUCUCUGCCUAGCUAGCCUUGUUGUAAAAAUGGAUAGAGAAAAUAAUGACGAAUAGUUUUCUGCUGUCACAGCUAUACUUGAUAGAGAGGAUGUAGUCUUUUCAUGUUUGAAGUAUUUUAACUAUUAUUGUAACAUUUUUGUCGGGUCCAUUUUUUUUUUUAAACUGGAAAGUGGAAAAGACAAAGAGAAAGGGCUUUCCAAUAGCUAGAAUGGUUUGGGCCUAAAAAGAAGAGAAGAGUGACUGUGUCUCUGUUGUUAGCAACAUGAACCGUGAAGACCGGAAUGUGCUCCGUAUGAAAGAAAGAGAAAGGCGAAAUCAAGAAAUCCAGCAGGGAGGAGAGGCCUUUCCAGCUCACUCCCCUCUCUUUCCUGAACCUUAUAAAGUUUCCAGCAAAGAAGAUAAACUGUCCAGUCGUAUCCAGAGUAUGCUUGGAAACUACGACGAGAUGAAGGAACCUAUCGGAGACACAAUUCCAAAACUCGGUGGCAAACCCUCAGGCUCGUCGUCCUCCGAGGAGAAGUCUGGCCAGUCUCUGUUUGGGGACCAGCGUGGCGGUGGCAGUGGCCAGAACAGUAAAUGGACUCCAGUAGGCCCAGCGGCCAGCACCUCGUCCUCCCAGUCCUCUAAGAGAUCCAGCCUCCAGGGCAGCCACAGCGGUAGCAGGAGUAGCGGUAGCAGCAGUAGUAGCCAAAGACACGAGCGGGAACACAAGAAGUCCAGCAAGCAUGGCUCAGAACACUCCAAGUCCCACACGUCUAGCCCAGCCAAGGGUUCCCUGAGCUCCAGUCACUCCCGGUCACUAGGUGCUGAGCACCACGGCAAGGAGCGCUACCGCUCCAAGUCCCCACGUGAGCGCGAGGCCAACUGGGACUCCCCGUCGCGUGUGCACACAUCUUUCACCAGCGGCCCGCAUUCCAGCCAGGCUUUCCCCCCUUCGCUCAUGUCCAAGCCCAGCUCCAUGCUACAGAAGCCUACAGCCUACGUGCGCCCCAUGGAUGGCCAGGAGACGGUGGAGCCCAAGACCUCAUCAGCGAUGUACAGUGGCCAGUCCCACAGCAGCACCAUGGGGGAGAUGAAGUCCAACGGCAAGGCAUCGCUCUCCAAGCUCAAGAUCCCCUCACAGCCUGUUGAGGGUCCCAUGACUGGUGAUGCGAAUUGUGUUGAUGAGAUUUUAAAGGAAAUGACUCAGUCCUGGCCCCCUCCGUUGACCGCCAUUCACACCCCCUGCAAAACAGAGCCUUCAAAGUUUCCAUUCCCCUCCAAGGACACCCAGCACGCAAGUUUUCCUGGUGCACACAAGAGACCAACCAAGACAUCGAGCAGUCACCAGUCCAAGGCAGCGCCAUGCGAUGGAGAUCAGGCCAAUAAUGUUUUGCUGGAAGAUGACCUGAAGCUCAGCAGUGAUGAGGACAGUGAUGGAGAACAGGACUCGGCCAAAAACGCCUCCAGAAACGCAUCAGCAAGUAACAACAGUAAUAACAGCGAGGGAGCGGUGCACUCGCGGGACGACUCCAGCAGUCACAGUGGCUCAGAGAGCAGUUCAGGGUCGGACAGCGAGAGCGAGAGCAGCUCCACGGAUAGCGAGGCCAAUGAGCCCCCUCGCCCGGCAUCACCAGAGCCUGAACCAGCCACAGCCAAUAAAUGGCAGUUGGACAACUGGUUUAAGAAAGCCAAGCAGUUCUCCCCGGCCUCCCCAGUGGACAGUAAUGUACCCACCAAGUACAAGAAGGAGGGGCGGGACCAGAGCUCAGGCCGUGGCUACAGUGGACAGGGCGGGUCUAAAGACUCAGGGGCGCCUACACCUAGCAGGGACCUGAGGGCAGCACAGAAGGGCUCAGAGAGCGGCCGUGGCCGGCAGAAAUCUCCCGCUCAGAGUGAGGGUGGCCCGGGCCAGCGCAGAACAGUGGGUAAAAAACAGCCGAAAAAGUCUGAGAAGCCCCCGGUGGUGGAGGAGCCAAAGGGGGGGCUGAGGGUUGAGAGUGAACCCGCUCCUGAGAUCCCUCCCCAUCGGCCCAAGGCCGCCACCAAGGGCUCCCGCAAACCAAACAUCAAGAAGGAGCCCAAGUCCUCACCCAGGCCGGCUGUGGACAAGCGAAAGAGCAAGGCACCCACCAAGACUUCCCAGAAGUCCCGGGAGUUUGUGGACACGGACUCUUCCUCCUCAGAAUCGGAGGAGAACGACAGCAUUCCCUCGUCGUCUCAGACCCCCAAGUACACAGAGAGCAUCAGGACUCCAGUGUGUGUGUUCUCUCCUAUGGAAGAGAAGGAACUGCUCUCUCCUCUCAGCGAUCCGGAUGACCGCUUUCCCAUCAGGCAGCAGCAGGUGCUCAUGGUGAAGAUCGACCUGAGCUUGCUCUCCCGCGUUCCUGGACGGCCCUACAAAGACCUGCUAGAGCCCAAAGUAGAGAGGGACUGCUCCCUGGACAGAGACAAGGACUUCCAGAAGCAGCCCUCUGAGAAGAGCUCUGGUAAGGGCAAGAGGAAACACAAGAAUGAUGACGAGAGCACCAAGCCUGAUAGCAAGAAGUCCAGACUUGAAGACAAAUCCUCAUCUCAUCACAAGAACAGCAGCAAAGAGUCUAAGAGGGCAAUGGAGGCCAAAGUGAAGGAAGAGCCGGUGCCCUCUCCCUCCAUAUCAGGGUCAGGAGGGCUGCAGAGAACACCCAAGGCAGAGCACCAGAGCCGCAAGCGGACGGUCAGCCAGUCUUCCACCUCCCUGUCCAGCGGAGCCAGCAGCGGUAAGGAGGGAGGCCACAGCACCAAGAGCAGCUCCACCUCCAAACACAGGAAGGGCGAGGACAAGCAGGGCAGGAGCAGCCGGGAGGGCAAGGAGAAAUCCUCAAAGGGCUCUGAUAACAAGCUUGCUGUGCCACGGCUCUCCUCGGAUGGCUCAAAGUCCCUGAGAUCAAAACUGCUGUUUGAGGACAGGGUUCACUCUGCGGAUCACUACUUACAACAGGCCAAGAAACUGAAACACAAUGCAGAUGCACUGAUGGACCGGUUUGAGAAGGCCGUGUACUACCUGGAUGCUGUGGUGUCCUUUAUUGAGUGCGGAAACGCACUGGAGAAGAGUGCUCAGGAGGCUAAGUCCCCCUUCCCCAUGUAUGCCGAGACCGUGGAGCUCAUCAAGUACACUAUGAAGUUAAAGAGCUACAUGGCCCCAGACGCUACGUCAGCAGAUAAACGGUUAGCUGUGUUGUGCCUGCGAUGCCAGUCCCUCCUCUACCUGCGACUGUUCAAGCUGAGGAAGGAGAGUGCACUGAAAUACUCUAAAACACUCACGGAGCACCUGAAGAAUUCCUUGAGUAACACCCAAGCGCCCUCUCCUGGAAUGGGAAAUAAAGCGGCUGGCAUGCCCUCUCCAGUCUCUCCCAAGCUGUCCCCAGGUAGUGCCGGUAGCUACUCGUCAGGCACAUCCAGCGGCAGCUCCUCGGUCACCAUUCCCCAACGCAUCCACCAGAUGGCUGCCAGCUACGUCCAGGUCACCUCCAACUUCCUCUAUGCCACUGAGGUGUGGGACCAAGCAGAGCAGCUGGCAAAAGAGCAGAAAGAGUUCUUCACGGAACUGGACAAGGUGAUGGGCCCUCUGAUCUUCAACACCAGCAGCAUGACUGAACUGGUGCGCUUCACACGGCAGGGCCUACACUGGUUGCGGCUGGACGCUAAGCUCAUUCCCUGAAGGAUGCUAUAACCCCCCCAAUCCCCACUGCCCCUCCAUGCACACAUGAACUAUAACACUGUGUCCAUUUUCUACACCAGCUUGCCAAAAACACUGAGCGAUAUUGAGCAUCUUAGAUCUACGACUAUCCCAGGGGUGGGGGGGAGGAUUAAGCUAUCUGUACAUACUAGCAAAUCUACUAUUAGUGGUCUUUGUCAUAUCUUUGGGUUUUGCAAAAGAAAGUCAUUGUUCUAUUUGGCACAACGCUUUUGCAGAAUUAUUUUAGAUGAAAUACACAAUUCUAUAGGCUAUAAGCACAUUAUUCACAUUUGGCUUUUAUUUAUAUAUAGAUUUUUUUUUUUUUUUUUUACCAAAGUACUUCCUUCAAACCAAAGGUGCUUUAAAACUAAGGUUUGUCUCUUAUCUUUUUUGUGCCUUGUAUCUGAUCUACAGGAAACUAGAAUAUACCAUGUGUUGAAAUGCAGAUCCAGCAAAGUUGGUGGGGAUUUAAAUGGUUUGAUCAAAUCAAAUGUUUCAAAUCAAAUUUGGAGACAUUUUAAAGAGUUAUUUCAGGCUUCCAAAUGUAACUUUUUUGGAAUUGUACUGGACGCUAGCUGUGAUCAGUGGGUUGAAGACAGUCUUGAUGGUGUGUGAAGUGACCGAGAGCUUGGUUUGCCUGACAGAUAUCACUGACGCAUGCACACAUUACUCUUAACAGUUGCCAUUUGAAGGGGAUGUAGCGCACAGAUGACCACAUUUGGCGUUCGCCUGUGAUACACCAUUCAAUUGAUUUUGUUUAAGUUACUUUCAUCGCUCUGAAGAACCAUUUCCUAUUUGUCAAUGAGUUCUUCUUCCUAUGAAAUCUAGUUUGACUGUAGUGGAAAGGUUUUUUGUUGUUGAUGAAUUGCCCAGAGAGAUCAUUAAUUUCUCAACAAGGUGUUAUUGUUCUAUUUGAUUCCUUAUAGGUUUGUACCGGAAAGGGUUGCUGUAUUUUUCUAAGGCGCAGCAGGGUGUGUGGUUGGUUUUGCAAAUGUUAUCCUUGAAACACAAUGUAAUUAUUUGUAUAGUUUCUUCAAAAAUUGCCUGGCAAAAGCAGAUACUUACUGCAAGGAAGGACAUGAAUGCACUUGCAUUUUAAGACUACAAUUCUUUUUAUAGGUUAUAUAGCAUACACAUUGGUGGUGCUUAUUAGCCAUACAUAGAUGGACUUGUAAGUUCAUGAGUGUUAUAUUCCAAUCACAAAGUACAUGGCCAAUAUAUAUUUUAUUUAUGUACCAAGCAGUUACUCUGUUCAAAGUUGUUCACUUUCAGAUUGUUAGGCUUGAAAUGCAAAGUAUUUGUAUUGAAUAUGAAACUGUCAUACUUAAUUUAAUGUUUAAAAGUUGUUCCUGGGUUCUCUACAUAGCGUAAUAGUAAUUUGUGUAUUACAAAAUAUAGAAAUGUAAUCUAUGGUCUAUAUUUAUGGUACAGGUUAGAUUGAGCUACUAUAGUGGUAAACUGCCCUAAUAUUUAUGUUAUUUUGUAUUGUCAUUAGUUUUGCAACAAGUCAACAGAAAAGUGAACUUGUGGUAUUGUAUGAUGAAGGGUUUUUUCCUAUUAGCCCAUGUAUAAUAUACACAUGCUGGAAACACUAGUACCUUUUUCUCAUUGGCACCCUGGUCUUUAAUUUUGGGGAAACUGUUAUUUCUUCUUGCACUCAGAGUAAUGGAAGAUGUUUUAUCUAUGCAGGAUUUUUUAAGUAAAAUCUUUGUAAAUCCUUUUUUUGGCUUUUAGUUUGAAAUCAGGAAUUUCCACUUUUUAAUUGUUGGCCAAAACCUAUUUUGUUUGACACAAAUGUCCAAUGCUUUUAGCUUAUGCCUCAUGCUUGUCCACUGAUUUACUGGUAUACAUCUGCUUUUGUAACCAAACAUGGAUGGCUUAAGCCAUUUUAUACCUUAAGCUGGAGGCCACUUUUCUCAGAUAGUUCUCUGGGUGUGUGUGUUCAUGUAGCCAUGUCUUCAUACACUGGUAAACUUUUAAGUACAGCUGCAAGGCUUGUGUUCCAUCCUAUUCAGAUGUACAAAAUAUGAGGAUCAUUUUAACAUAUCUCACAAGGCUUUCACUCAUAUGUAUUUGUUUUUCUGCCACUUUAGCUUGUCAACCAUUUUUUUUUCUUUGUUUGGCUUUUACUGAAUAUUAUUUUGUGUUUGGAAGAUAUUGUGUGGGUUGUUUGAUACCAUAUUUCAAUGUAAGUAUAGUUAGUUAUAACUUGAAUAAAUCCAGGGUAAAAUGAAAUGUUCUGACCUUCAAUAGAAAGACUUAACACUUGCAUGUCUCUAUUUAAAUACAAAUAUGUAUAAAUUGUAUAUAAAAUAUUUCUUUUAGGGUACAUUUCUACUACAGUUUAACAUUUGUAUUGAAAUUAAGUUGUAAAUACAUUUUGAGAUUAUAUGCACAUUUUCUGAGCUUUUUUCUUCAAAAAAUGUUAGAUGACACUUGAGUCUCUGAACACUGUAUAUCAAUAUGUUUAUUAAUCAUUUUUGUUACUGUAUUGUAUGCCUUGUCUCCUGCUUCACCAAUGUCUGUCAUUGUCAUAAGCAUUAUCAUCAUUGAUGUCUUUAGAUCAAGUGCUAAUAUUGUCUUUUCUGUAUUUGAUAUGGAGACAUUUAAAUCCAUGCAAUGUAUAUUGCUGAUCAGAUUGAAUGGGAUGGAUGUUGGUGUGAGAUGUACAGUUGAUCAUAAGAAAACCAUCUAAGUUUCUACUUCACGUGAGAAAGCUCUAGCCCUUUUGAAAUUGAUCCGAGAUGUCUUUUGAAAUAUGUCUAUGUCAAGCAGUUGUAGAAGUUUAUACAGUAUGUUGUACUUAUUUUUAACUGUCUCAUCAGCAUACAAAGUACAGUAGUUUUAAUUGGGUUAGUUUUAAACUAUUGAUAACAGAUGUAUUAUGGAUGCAAUAUUAAGUAAAGGUACUCUUAUGAGUUUGUUAUUCAAACUUGGAAUAACAUGUCAUUUUAAAAUCUCUUGUGAAGUAUUACUUGUUACUAAUGGGAUUUCUGAGUCUGUCCUGAAUAUAAUUUGUAUUUUACUGUAUUGAGAAUAAAAUAUAUAUGGUUAUGUUUAA